ACAAUAUAAUUCAUUCUAAUCUCUAUCAUCUCCGUAACUCUAAUGGUAUCUAUAACUGUAACCAAUAUUUAAUUUUCUGAUAUUUUUUUCCAAUUUCAGAAAACAACAUAAUUUAUUUUUGACCAUUCCCAUAAACAGAUAUAUAUACACACGGGGUUCUCUAAUGGCUUAUUCGAAACUACUCCAUCAUCGCCAUCAUGUCACCCAUUCUCACCCUUCUCUUCUCCCUCUUCCUCUUCGCCUCUCCAUCUUCCUCCUCCCGUCAACACCAAACUCCUCCGCUCACUCCCUCCGCACAGAUCCGUCUUGCAUGCAACGCCACUCGCUACCCAGACCUCUGCGUCUCUUCUCUAUCCAAACCGGGUCGAGUCCCUCCGAGUCCUAACCCAUCACAGAUCAUCCACUCAGCGAUCUCCGUCUCUUUAGAAAACCUCAAAACCGCUCAAACGAAAGUGAAGUCUAUCCUGGACGCGUCCGUAGGCAAUCUAAACCGCACCAACGCCGCGAAAACGUGCCUCCAGCUACUCUCUUACUCCGAACACCGCACCAACUCAACAGAUCAAGCUCUGACACGUGGCAAAAUCAAAGACGCUCGCGCUUGGAUGAGCGCUGCUCUCGUCUACCAGUACGACUCAUGGUCCGCGCUCAAAUACGUCAACGGCACGAAGGAAGUCGCUGAAACGAUGUCGUUUCUCAACGGACUCAUCAAUGUCACCAGUAACGCUCUUAGCAUGAUGGUAUCGUACGAUAACUUCGGAGACAACGUCGCCUCGUGGGCUCCUCCGGCAACGGAAAGAGACGGGUUCUGGGAUAAGACUAGUGGGCCUAAGGUGGGUGCUGGGCCGAGUUUGGGCUUCCCUUCCGGUUUAAAAGAAGACGUUACGGUGUGUAAAAACGGGAUGUGCCGUUACAAGACGGUGCAGGAUGCCGUUAACGCGGCGCCUGAUAACUACGGAGCGCGUAAGUUUGUUAUAAAGAUUAACGAAGGAGUGUAUGAGGAGACAGUUACGGUUCCGUUUGAGAAGAAGAACGUUGUCUUCAUCGGAGACGGUAUGGGCAAAACGGUCAUUACAGGAUCUUUAAACGCCGGUAUGCCUGGUAUCACCACAUACAACACUGCAACUGUCGGAGUGGUAGGAGAUGGAUUCAUGGCACGUGAUAUAACGUUUCAAAACACGGCGGGACCAGACACUCACCAAGCAGUUGCGUUUAGAUCCGACAGCGAUUUUUCUCUGCUCGAGAACUGUGAGUUCCUUGGGAACCAAGACACACUCUAUGCCCAUGGCCUCCGUCAGUUUUACAAAAAAUGCCGUAUCCAAGGAAACGUUGACUUUAUCUUUGGAAACUCAGCGUCCGUCUUCCAAGACUGCGAGAUCCUAAUAGCGCCGCGUCAGCUUAAUCCCGAGAAGGGUGAGAAUAACGCCGUCACUGCCCAAGGAAGAGUUGACCCAGCGCAGUCCACGGGGUUCGUGUUCUUGAACUGUUCGAUAACCGGAACGGAUGAGUACAUGAAGCUGUAUAAGGCCAACCCUAAGGUGCAUAAGAGCUACUUGGGAAGGCCGUGGAAAGAUUACUCAAGGACUGUGUUUAUUGGGUGUAAUUUAGAGGCUUUGAUUAAUUCCGAUGGGUGGUUACCUUGGAGCGGGGAUUUGUCGCUCAAGACGCUUUAUUACGGUGAAUCUAAGAACACGGGUCCGGGAUCUGAUAGGUCAAAAAGGGUUCCAUGGAGCAGUGUGAUUCCAGACGAGCAUGUUGAUAUGUAUUCGGUGGCUAACUUUAUUCAAGCCGAGGAGUGGGCAAUGUCUGGUUGAAUCAAGUCAAGACUAAAAAGCGUUGUUCGUUAGUUGAUAAAGUUUUUAAAACAAAAAUAUCCAAAGUUUUGCAUUCGUAUUACUUUGUAUCAAUUGAAGUUUCAGAUCUUUAUGACUAAUUGAGGUAAAAUAAUAAAAUUACAAACUAUAGAAGAAAGCAGCUUUUUUUGCUUAGCUAUCAAAGUUUA